CGUUGAAACGUAUUAAAACAAUCGCCGAAAAGAAUUUGUGAAUCAGUGCUUUUCAGAUCAGCUUGAACGCUGAUCGAACAAAUUUUGUUCUCUAGAAAGUUUAAUAUGAUCGUCCUGAGUGUUUUAUUGUCGUUGUGCAUCGCUUUUCGAGCGAGCGAUGCCGUUGGUCUUCAUGGAUUUCACUUCCGAGGUUUGGAAGAACCAUUUUCUUUGAAUAGAUCGGAUUCUCAGAACGUAAUCGAAGCUCGGAUCGAGCAGCCUCUCGAUCAUUUCAAUCCUCGUGACAAUCGGACUUGGUCAAUGCGAUACUACGAAAAUGCUGGUUUACAUAAGAAAGGUGGACCAAUAAUGAUUAUGAUCGGUGGAGAAUGGGAAAUAUCCACAGGUUUCUUAAAAUCUGGCCUAAUGUUCGAGAUCGCUUCCGCUCAUAACGCGAUGAUGUAUUACACCGAGCAUCGUUAUUACGGUCAAAGUAAACCAACCGGCGACAUCAGUUCAAGUAACUUGCAAUAUUUGAGCGUGGAUCAGGCGUUAGCCGAUUUAGCAUACUUUAUCGAAAUAAAAAAGAAAGAUGAAGCUCUUCGGAACAGCACUGUUAUCGUUUUUGGUGGAUCUUACGCCGGAAGUAUGGCAGCAUGGGCUAGACUAAAGUACCCUCAUCUUAUUCAGGGUGCAUUAGCCAGUAGUGCUCCGAUGUACGCGAAGGCUGACUUUUACGAAUAUUACGAAGUUGUGACCGAAUCCCUACGUAGACACAGCGAAAACUGCGCGGACGAGGUCAAAGUUGCGUUCAACUCGGUUGAAGAACUACUUUUCUCUAAAGAUGGUCCGGAGAAAUUAAAAACUUAUUUCCAUUUGUGCGACGUGCCCGACGUAAAGUCUCCCAAUGAUAUCGGACACCUGAUGAACAUAUUAGCAGAGGAAUUUGCUGGCAUUGUACAGUACGACAAAGUGGAAAAAAAUCGAACAAAAAUCGCAGCUUAUUGCGAAAAAAUGACCGCUAAGUACUUGGGCAGUCCUCUGCAGAGACUGGCGCAUCUCGUUUCAGACAACCUGACGGAUUGCGUGGAAAAUAAUUACCAGAAAUUCGUGAAACUUUACAAGAAUGAGACGUGGAGUAGCAAGAUUAACAGACAAUGGUAUUAUCAAACCUGCACGGAAUUCGGUUAUUACCAAACGACCAAUUCGAAUAACUCCGUGUUUGGAUCUCUAUUCCCGUUGCAUUACUUUACAGAUAUGUGUACCGAUUUGUACGGUAAUUAUUACAAUAACGAUUUCUUGAACACGAGGAUCGUAAGAACGAAUCUGAUGUACGGCGGUGUACGACCAGAUUUGGUCAAAGUAAUUUUCACCAACGGUGACGUCGAUCCGUGGCAUAAGCUUUCGGUUCUUCAAGAUCUGAACGCGUACUCACCUGCCAUACUUAUCAAAGGGUCGUCGCACUGUCGCGAUCUAUACAGCGACCUAGACACCGACGUUAAGGAUCUUGUUAACGCUAGAGCAAACGUGCGGAAAAUUAUCGGCACUUGGCUCGCUUCCUAAACUUGUUAUACGAUUACCUGGCGAAAAGAACAAGAGGCGAAGAUAGAUGUAAAAAAAAAAAAAAGGUAUACAUUUAUUUCCAUUGACACAGUCUUAUUUACAAGCGACAAAUAUAGAAUUACAUGUAA